GCUGCGAGGGGGGGAGGGUCACGUGUGUGUCGGACAAAUAGCUGGAGUUCCCCCGGCUCGGGCGGGGGUCGGAGGUGCAGAGCAGCGCGGGCUUGGCGGCACCUGUCCAGGUCCCCGCCAUGAAGUUCACAGUGGUCUGGCUGGCCCUGGUAGUCCCGGCGUUCUCUCUGGAAAAUGGGCUGUUGAGGACGCCCCCCAUGGGCUGGCUGGCCUGGGAACGGUACCGCUGUAACAUCAACUGUAAGGAAGACCCCGAUAACUGUGUCAGCGAGAACCUGUUCGUGGCUAUGGCCGACCGGCUGGCGGAGGAUGGCUGGAGGGACCUGGGCUACGUCUAUCUCAACAUCGACGACUGCUGGAUGGCGCCCGAGCGGGACGAGAACGGCCUCCUGGUGCCCGAUCCCGAGCGGUUCCCCCACGGCAUCAAGUAUCUGGCGGACUACGCUCACGCCCGUGGCCUCAAGCUGGGCAUCUACGAAGACAUGGGCAACAAGACGUGCAUGGGUUACCCGGGCACCACCCUGGACAAGGUGCAGCUGGACGCGGAGACCUUCGCCAAUUGGACCGUGGACAUGCUGAAGCUGGACGGCUGUUACUCGACCGUCCAUGACCGUGCCAAGGGGUACCCUGCUAUGGCCAGAGCCCUGAAUGCCACGGGCCGCCCCAUCGCCUACUCCUGCAGCUGGCCAGCCUACGAUGACGGUCUCCCCCCUAAGGUGAACUACACCCUCCUGAUAGAAAUCUGCAACCUGUGGCGUAACUUUGAUGACAUCCAGGACUCGUGGGAGAGCGUCCUCUCCGUGGUGGACUGGUACACGGAGCACCAGGACGUGCUGCAGUCCGUGGCGGGCCCUGGCCACUGGAACGACCCGGACAUGUUGAUCAUAGGGAACUACGGCCUGAGCUUCGAGCAGGCCCGAGCGCAGAUGGCCCUCUGGACGAUCUUCGCUGCCCCGCUCUUCAUGUCCACAGACCUCCGCGCCCUCUCGCCCCAGAACAUGGACAUUCUGCAGAACAAGCUCAUGAUUAAGAUUAACCAGGAUCCCUUGGGCAUCCAGGGGCGCAGGGUCCUCACGACCAAACAAAAGAUCGACGUCUUCCUGCGCCCGCUGUCCAAGGAGGCCAAAGCCAUCGUCUUCUUCAGCCGCAGGGUGGACAUGCCGCACCGCUUCCAGACCUCCCUCCGGGCCCUGAACUUCACCGACUCCGUGGUGUAUGAGGCCGAGGAUGUCUAUACAGGGGGCAUCAUCAGCGGGCUCACGGCGGACACCAACAUCACUGUGGUCAUCAACCCAUCGGGCGUGGUCAUGUGGUUCCUGUACCCCAUCAUGGACCUGGAGAACCCCAUGGUCGGAAAGACGCGCCCCUGGUUGUGAAACUUCACUGGAUUCCAACUUGCAGCCUCAACUGCCCGGACUCGGGGAGGGGGCGACCGCCCGCCGCGCCGUCACGGCUUGGCUGGGCCUGAGCACGCCUGGGUGCCUGCCUCCGCUCCCUGCCCCGCGGGCCCGUCCGGGUCCGAAAGCUGGGCCCGGCUCCCGCGGGAACUGGUGAUCCGGAAGCCUGCCUGACUCGUGUGCGUCCGCCUCCCUUCUAGGCAGAGGGCGGGGGGGCGGCUCUCCAGGCUCUGCCCUGGCCCUCUCUGGCUGCCCUGGACCCUAAUAAAGCUGCUCUUUAACAGGA